CUUGGAUUAUAUUAUUCAGAAGCAUUAUUAGUAAAAAAUCCGAAUGUCUUCAAAUCCUCAGAAUUCUCCUCGUUAUGAGGAUUUGAUCCCAACCGAAGAUGAUACUUUGGGUACCUCUAUUAGUCUUAGUGUGGGGGAGAAUUCAAUUCGAAUAAAAGAAAAACCUAAGGUGACUAAACAAUCAGAGCCAGAAGAAAAACAUGAGGAAGAAAAGUGGUGGUUGAAGAAGCCAGAAACUUGGCUCGAUGUUUCUCAUGGUAUUCCAUUAGACAUAAAAACAAAACAGUCUGCAUCCCCUUCUCCAGAUGUUAGUUCUUCGAUGAAAGAAUUCCUUGAAAAAGAAAAGAUGUGCAAAGCUAUGCAUAAGAUUGAGAUUGAGAUGAAAGAUAAGGAUGACACUUUAUGUGAUAUUUUGGCUUCUGCAGCAUUUGAUAAGUAUCCUUCUGAUUUUGAGAAUGCAACUGACGAAGAUAUAGGUAGUAUUUUAGAAGAAAUGAGUAAAAUUGCUGGAGCUUUAAGUCCAAAUUCAGCUGCAGAUCGUUCAAAAUCCCGAAACUCAACUAAACUUCCUACAGAAGAAGAAAAAUCCGUGGAAGAACUGUUGGAGGAGGCUGAAAAACUUGUAAGAAAAAAUAGUAGUAAUUUAUCUAAGAGCGCAUCAAAAUCUGAUACUUUAGUACCUGAGAAUAUUCCAGAAGAUAUAGAAAGUUUUAGCAGAGUUAGACAAUUAGAAGCUGAUAUCUUUCAAUUGAUAGAGGAAGAGGUGCAUAAAGAGACUGAAAAAAUAAAAAAAAGUCCGAAGAAUGAGAAGAAAAGAGACAGUAGUCCUGGAUUUGAAGUCUUGUAUGAAAAUAUAAAUGGUUUUAAAGCUUUAAAAUCGUUAGAACUUCAGAGAAGAAAAUUUGAGGAACAAAAAGUAGAGGUGUCCAGUAGUUCUGAUUUAGAUGAUCCUAUUGAAAGACAUUCCAAGUCAGAAGAAUUGAGGAAUACAAGGAAAAUGGAAUCAGAAAAAGAUAACUUGCAAAAAGAAAUAACUGACGUGGAUAAGGAUUUUUUCGAAGAUUUAUUGAGAAGAUCGAAGGAAAAAGCUGAGGGUGGUAUGUCAGGCAGUUCCAGUUUUGGGCAAGAAGAUUUUUCACAUUUUUUGAAACUUUUGCAAGGACAGACAGAGAAGAAAGAACAAGAAUCAGACGAUCCUAAUCCUAUGCAUCCUUUUCUUUCAAAGUCUACAGAUGAAAGGAAAUCCAUGUUGAACGGGGAAUCCACGAAUGAUAAGAGUCCUGAAUUUCCUGAGAAGGAAAUUUCCGACAUAUUAGAAAAAGAACUACCUCAGGCAAAAAAUCCAAAAGCUGAACAUGAAAUUGUUGAAACGGAUUCUAGUGUUGACAGUGAAGAACGUAAGCAAUCUCAAGACAUUAUUAGUAUUAGUAAAAACGAGUUGAAAGUAUCUAAUAAAAAAGAACAAUUAUCUUCAAGAAACGUAGCCAUGGUAAAAGAUAGUAAAAAAAUACUUAAUUCUAAGGAAGAACUGUAUACGGUUGGUCUUACGCCAAGAUUAGAAUUAUUCGCAGAUGAAAUUCCCAAGUUGUUAGCCGAAAAGUCGACAGAAAAUGCAAUAGAACAAAGCAAACAACUUACAGAGGAACCGAAAACAUCUGUGCGUAAAACAAUUUCAAGUUCCGAGAUUAAAUCUAGUGUUAAUCCUGCAAUUUCUCAACGUAGCAACGUAGAACGCAAAUCUACUCAUUCGGCUAGUGCAUCGAGCAAUAAAUUACAAAAGAAAGAGCUAAAGUUUUCUAAGUCUAAGAGUUACGAUCAGAUUUGUAAACCAUCGUUCAGAACUUCUGUAGAAAAUCUAAGAGUAAGUAAACCUUCGGAUGCUGCGAAGAGACCCGCGAGUACUUUGAUUAGACGAUCACCAAUUUUAAAGUCAAAACUGCAACCUAUGGUUAAACCAAUUACCAAGAUUCCUCCCAAGACCAAGGUAUCUCCAAAACCAAAGAAAAAUUCUGUUAAGACUGGUUCCACUCUUACUUUGUCUUCCACACAUAAAACGUACCAAGCUAAAUCACCAGAUUCUAAAACAAAAAACACGAUGGCCGGUGGUGACACAAAACAAAGUGUAACGAAAACGAAUUGGGAAAUGUUGUGUCGUGAAGAGAGACAUAAGAAUGUGCUUCUGAAACAGCAACUAGAGUCGGAGAUUAAAUUGUACAAGAAUCAAAUUGACAAUAUGCGUAUAUCUUUCGAGGAAGAACUGUUUGCAUUAAAAAAGCAGAACAUUAUUUUAAAAGCGAAAGUAGACGAGCUUUCGUUAAAUGAAAAGCGUCCAGAUCCUCAACCAAAGAAAGACACGAAGAUUAUGCUUUUAGAAAAAGAAUUGGAGAAACAAGAAAAUUUAAUUCGGGCUUACGAAACUGAAAAUAAAAGGUUGAUGCAUGAUACGAAGCGAAUGCAGGAAGAAAUGAAACAGUUGCAAAAACAGAAAAGUACAGUAUUAGAAUCAGGUAAGAUGCAGGAACUUGCAGAUAGAGUCAAGGAUCUCGAGGAAGGGACUUUGAAACUUAAUCUCGAAAUCUCUGAGCUUCGAGAGAAAAAUGCAGAUUGUGCAUUGAAGAAUGAGGAUUUGAUUCAACAAAAUAGUCUUUUAAACGAUGAAUUGGAGAUGUUCAAAGAUCAGUUGAGAACAAAGAAUGACUUUAUCACGGAUCGAUUACAAGCAAUGACUACAGCGGAGCUGGAAUUGAAGAAGCAAGUAGAAGAUUUGACUGUAAAGUUAAGUUCUAAAACGGAACAAUUGCGAAUAGUAAAACAGGAAUUUGAUAAGAUUCAACAGAACGUACUACCAUUGGAGAAGGAACUAUUAGAAUUGAGAGUUAAAGAGGGUAACCUUUUGGACAAAUUGCAAAUAACUAAGAGUCACGUAGAACGCGAAAAGCAAUUAACACAGAAGUUGAAAGACCAAGUGAUCCUCGAUAGUAAAAAGAUUACUGAUUUAAAUAGACAGGUUCGUGAAAUGGAGAGAAUACUGAAGAGAAAGAAUCCCGAUUCGGUAUCUGCCCUCAUAUUAACUGCGAAUUCUGAACACGAAAAAAUUGGUUCAGAGAAAAUUAAGUUGUUGGAAGGUCGAAUUGCGAGUCUGGAAAAUGAAAUUAAAGCAAAGGAUGAUUUAGCUCAGAAGAAGGUAAUUGAAUUACAGAAAAAGUUCACGGAUAUGAAGGAGAAGUAUACUACACAGAUAAUGGAAUUAGAUGGAAAAUUGUUGGAGGCUAGCAUGAAGGAUCGCAAGGUGUGUAAUGAUAUGUUUACGCAGACUACAUCGAAACCUGUAGAGAAUAAGGGAGUGGAAACUGUUAGGAAGGAAGAAAGGACAGGAUCAUUCGAGAAAGAAGAAAAGAAGGAUCAGAAAUCAUCUGCAAAGGCUACACUGAAAUCACAGAAUUCGAAGGAGGAUGCUUACCUUAUGGCUACGAUACGUGGAUUAAAACUAGAGCUUGCAAAUAAAGAUAAAGCGAUUUCGAAGCUCACGAAAGAAUUCCAAGACUUACAAAAAACAAAUAUAAGACUGCAGAAGGAGAGAGAGAAAUUGUUGAACGAUAGAAGAUUUGCGAAGACCAUGAAUUUCGAAAAGACGAACCGCGGCAUGGUGUCGUCAGACUCAAAAUUAUUAUCAUUAAAGUCUAUUGAGGGAAAUGAUCAAAAUUCGAACAUUUAUCAAAAUGGACACGCAUCUGAUAUGAACACCCAACGAUCUGUUUCUGUGCAAAAGCUUUAUGAUCCUAUGCAGUAUACUGAAAAUGGAGAUACUAAUUUGAUGAAGAGAUUGGCCGAUGAGAAUGAUAUUCUAAAGGAAGAACUAAGCAAGAUGAACAAGGACUUCAUGGCUCUGAAGAAUAAACGUCUUCACGAUCUGAACCUCUUGCAAGAGGAACAUGAACGUGAAAUGGCCACAUUACUGAAGGAGUAUAGCGUGAAAUUUGGAGACUCUAAAGUGGUAAAGUUACAGGGUCAAGUAAAUACGCAAGUAGCUGUGAUAUCCCAUUUGAAGCAGCAAAUUGAGAAAUUAAGAGACUACAAGGAACAGGUGGUUGUUUUAAAGGCUGAACGGGAUCACUUGGAAAACAAAGUGAAGACAUUGAAUGAAAAAGUCAAGUACUUAUCAACGCCGAGCACAGAACAGCUACAGUUGUUGCAGGACAAGAUAACUAUUCUUCAACAACGACACGAAAGCCGCGAGAUGACGUUGCAGAGUUUGGUGCGCGAUCUACUUAGAAAUAGAACCCAGUGUAAAGACUGUAAAAAUGAAAAGGGUAAAAAUCGACAAUUAUGUUAUUUCCGACAAGAGCUUGAUCAUAUUCUUGGAAUGCUCCAAGAGAUCGCUAAUGUUCAUUGACUUCUAGAUGGUAACUAGAUUAUAUAUGCGUGCAAAGUGGUGCUCAUGAAAUGUCAAGAAAUCGAUAGGUCGCAAUUUAUCGAUUCGUUAU